UAUUAGCUCCAGUAUUUGAUAUGCGAUGUAUGAUGCCGGACGAGGACCAGCUUUAUGAUGAUAACAACUUUACUCUCUCUCUUGACUUUACUACACUGGUACAGUAGUUCUGUUAACCUGUCUCUCACCAUCAAGCCUAGAAACAGUGUAACUACUCAGGGUGUUACAUAUAAACCUGAGUCCAAUAAAGGUGUUACUCAGAGUUUCGUUAAACCUGAGACAAUAAAACAGGAUUCUGUGAGUUGGCUUUAUGAUGCUCCUAAUAUUAAAAUACAUCUGUCACAGAGGACAUAUUACCGGAUUAUUUUGACCCCGAUAUUGAUCAGGUAUCUCAGUUUGAGCGUUAUCACAACAGAACGCAAGCUAUUUUUGAUAAGAGACUUGAAACUCUCGAAAAGAGUUGUGCAGGGAUCAGAAGAUACGAGCAAGAUUUUAUCUUUUACUUCCCAGAACUGAGGAUGGGUUGGUGCCCGGUGUUCAAAGCGGCGAGUACUAACUGGAAACAGUUCUUUUGUAAAAUAUACCUUCCACAUGUGUACGAUGAAUGGCGGAUUAAGACUGAUCAGGACCCUUACUGUCCGUUGGGUAAACUAAUGACGGAUCACUUAGUUAGAAACCUAGAAAUUAAAUUGAAGCAGCAGAGUAAAGUUCAACCAGAGUUUGAUGGGUUGGGAGCACUGAGUGAUCUGAGGAGUGGGUUAGCAGAUUCAGUAAAGUUCCUAACAGUACGCCACCCUUACGAGAGGUUAGUCAGCUUGUACACUAACAAAUUUAAGGAUUGUGUCAGUCGUAUGUACUCAAAUCCAGACGGGGCCAUGGUCAAAAUAUUCCAGCUGUACAGAAAAACUGAACAGAAGUUUUCUCCCGAGGAGAAAGCAAGACUGAUAGAAGAGGCGAGGAGUGAGUGUUUGAAACCUCUAGAUGAGAGACAGAUAGAUAAAGAUAACCCUUAUAUGAACCCUAUGGGAGCUACCUUUAAAGAGGUUAUGCAGUUGAUCAUAUCAAACUUUAUGAAUAGGGUGGGGCCAGACUUUCACUGGAUUCAAGUAACCAAGUCAUGUGAUGUCUGCUCUAAGAAGUAUCAAGUUAUAGAAAAGUUCGAAACGUUGGAGCGGGAUCAUUAUUUCCUGCUGAAGAUUCUAGGAGAGGAAGCGCGGUAUCCAGACAUAGCAGGUUCCCAUGAUAACCCUAGUGUCAAGGGACGCAACCCUCACGAACUCGUUUUUCACUACUUCUCACAGUUAGAUGAGAAUAUGUUGUGGGACCUACAAGCUGUGUAUAAGGACGACUUUAAUGCUUUUGGUUACAAUCCACAUUUUAGAGUGAGGAAGAAUCCCUACAAUAUCCAGAAAAGUCAAUGCGGCACUCGGGUCCUUGGUAUUGUCGUCGGUAUAUUUUCCAUUAUCUACGUUCUGCUUUUAUAGUUCAAACAAUAGUGAGUUCUAAAUAUACAGCUUUAUAAACCGACUAAGUAUGAAUGAAUGAAAUACCUGACAAUCCGCACUCCUAUAAUUCAAAAGCAUGAGUAACUCGUAGUGAUACGUAUGAUUUCUAGAAACUUUAAAUU